CAUUAGUGUUUCCGAAUGUGUUUGACGUCAACCAAUGACCUUUGUUGGGUCAUCGUUAUCGGCUUCACAGACACAAAGAAUGAACACAUUUCAUUCACGAAAUAAUCAACAAACUAUACUGGACCUAAUGGAUUCAUCAUGUACAAUUUGAAGACUGAAGAUAGAACUUUAAAUCUUUUAGCUUUUCACACAAAUACAUUGAGAAAUGGCGACAAAAUAUUGUUUCCAAAAACACAUUAUCCACGCUUUGUUCCUCGUCCUGCUGUCAUGGGCUCAAGUAGGAUCAGCCAAAGAACACGAGGAAUCUCACAACGAAACAGAACGAUAUAAGAUUUUAUCAUUUGAUUUUGAAAGAGUAGAGCUACCAUAUGUGAUAUGUUUGUGGAUAUUAAUUGUUGCUUUAGCCAAAAUAGCAUUCCAUUUGAAUCACAAGUUACCAACAAUCAUUCCUGAGAGUUGUCUCCUCAUAGUCUUAGGUCUCAUCAUCGGUGCUAUUCUACACUAUGGUAAAAUCACAAGUGCCAGCAGUUAUGUCAUCGAUGCAGACAUCUUUUUUAUUUACCUUCUUCCGCCAAUCAUAUUUGAUGCUGGAUAUUUUAUGCCAGUCAGAGCCUUCUUCGACAACAUUGGAACAAUAUUGUUACUAGCAGUAGUUAAUACCUGUAUUAGUGCAGGUCUGAUCGGUAUAUCUCUUUAUGGUGUUGCCUUAGCAGGAUGGGUUGGUCGUCCGAUGGGAAUCCUUAACUGUUUUAUAUUCAGUAGCUUGAUAUCUGCUGUUGAUCCAGUUGCAGUCCUGUCUGUGUUUGAAGAAAUCCAUGUCAAUCAGAUGCUUUACAUCAUAGUAUUUGGCGAGUCCCUGCUCAAUGAUGGAGUUACAGUGGUGCUGUAUCAUAUGAUGGAAGGUUUUAUAGAAAUUGGAGAACAAAAUAUAAUUCCUGUUGACGUAGCAACAGGCGUUGGGUCAUUCUUUAUAAUUGCCAUCGGUGGAUCACUCAUUGGAAUUUUCUUUGGUUUCUUUGGUGGAUUUAUAACCAAGUAUACAGAGCAUGUUAAAGUUAUAGAACCAUUGUUCGUCUUCAUCAUUGGAUAUCUCAUGUAUUUGACAUCAGAAAUGUGUCAUUGGUCAGGUAUUUUGGCGCUUUCAUUCGGAGGUAUUGUAUUGCGUCACUAUUUGGAGGCUAACGUUUCAAGAAAAACUAAAACCAGUAUUAAAUACUUCAUGAAGAUGUUAUCCAACAUAAGUGAAACAAUUAUUUUUAUGUUUCUCGGUCUUUCUACAUUGGGAGAAGAUUUGGAUUGGAAUUGGUCCUUCAUCUGCUUUUCCUUGUUGUUUUGUCUCAUAUUCAGGGUAUUAGGUGUGAUGGUGCUAUCAUGUAUACUUAAUUAUAGACGGUUGGUCAAACUGAAGCCGAUUGAUCAAUUUAUUAUGGCAUUUGGAGGACUUCGAGGAGGUAUCGCUUUCUGUCUUGCUUUGUCCCUUAAGGAAGAUCUGAUUCCGGAGAGGAAGUUGUUCAUUACCACUACAAUUGUAAUUGUAUUCUUUACAGUUUUUGUUCAGGGUAUAUUUAUCAAACCAGUAGUCAAUGCAUUAAAAAUAAAGAAACAGCUCGAGGACGAUCCAACACUUAACGAGAAAAUACAUGAAUCGUUAAUAGAUCAUUUAAUGGCUGGAUUGGAAGGUAUCACACAGAGUUCUGGUCAUAAUUACAUGAGAAUCAAAUUUCGUCAUUUAAAUCAUAAGUAUAUCAAGCCAAUAUUCGUAAAAGAUGUCACUACUGCCACCAAAGCUGAGAAAGUUUUACAUGUUUACCGUAAUAUUACUGAAGAACAUGCUCUGAAAAGAGCAGAGACUUAUCCAGAACUUGGUGGUCUGAGCAGAGCUGAAACUUUACCAGAAAUAAACGGUGGACAGAAAAUACCGUUAUUGACUGCAGCAUCUAGAAUUAAUGGUUACAAUCCUAAUACUGCUGCUGUAGGAACCGAUGACAUAUCUAAUGUCAGAGUGGUAGAGAACAAUAGUCUCUAUAACAUCUUAGAUAAAGGAAUGAUCAGACCUCGUAGAACAUUCAUACAUAAUAUUAAUGACAUCUCUGAUUCGGACACUGCCACACUUCCUAAACCAAUCAAACAACACCAGAUAGAUCCAGAAGAAUUCAGAAAAAGAGAACACGAAAAAUUUCGUACUGCAGCUGAAGUGAAUGACACCAAUGAAAAUAAGGAAUCUGAAAGUCACACUGCCAUGGUUACUGAACAACAACAAACUAUAGCAGCAAAGCAACAGGAAGUAAAAAGCAAACAAGAAACAGUAGAAAACAAUGAACAAGAAGAAACAGUAUCAACUGAUGAAACAGCAACAGAAACAGAAUUGCCAUGGAAACAGGAAGCUUCUCAGGUGCCUAGACCAUCUUUAUUUUCAUUAGUUUCGACUGAAGAUGAACCAGUGACUUCGGAGGCUCCUUCAUGGGUUGAUAAUCUAUCAUACAGUCAUUUGAAAGACUCAGGCUCACCUUAUGCGUCUCCUGAAGUCACAAUAAUUAAAGCACCUCCGGUUGAAAGAAAAAUUCCUGUUUUUGAAAUAUUUCCAAAUUUAAAUUAUGAAAAAGACGAAAAGAAACCAGAAGUUACAAUUCCUCCACCUUGGAGUCAAUUCUCUGAAAAUACAGAGGAAAUGCCAAUUUCAUCGCCAUCUAUUCAAAGUGGAGAUAAAUCUUGUAACUACCUCAUAUCUAACCACACUUCUGCUCCGCCUUCAUAUCAUGUGAUCAUCCCUUCCAUUCCAAUACUUAAUGGUUCAAUAUCUCAAAACAGUAGUGACCAUAAUGACCAUAAACCAUUGAAAUCACUGCCAGGCUCAGCGUCUGCUCCAGAUCUGCCAAAACACUGGCAGCCAUUAGAACCGUUGUCCAGGGACAGAAUUCAUUCUGAAUCAUUAUUACAAGAACUUGAUAGUGAAAGUGAGGCUAACAACCGAAUUCAUAGUUGGUUAACUGGUGCUACUGCUGAUGAAUAUGACAACGAAGAAUUUGAUGGUAUUAUAAUUAACCCUUAUGUGCCAGAUUUAGACAUUGAUAAUGAUAACGAUGCUGAUGUCAGUGAUAUUGAUGAUAAUAAUGAUAAUGAUGAUACUAAUGAUUUAUGAUGACAAGUUAAAUGUAGUCCAAAUUAUUUUCUGUUCAUAUUGAAUUAGUUUUGAAUUUGUCCAUUGUUAAACAAUGCAGUUUUUGUUUGAAUCGAUUUUUGUAACUGGAUUUGUCAUGUUUUUAUAAUUUUUUUGUUUUUGUUUUUGUUUUUUUUGUUAAAAUAAUGUAAGUUAAUAUUUUAUACAGUAAAAUGGUUGGAGAUCAAAUCAUUUGGUUUUCAAGAUUUUAAUUUAUGAAAAAAUAAGAUUUAUUUGAUAAGGCUAGGAUUAACUUUUCCUUCCUAAAGGUGCAAAUCAGUCAUGAUUCAAACAUAAAUUUAUGAAAAAAUAUAAAUAUAACAGAACAAAAUGUUUAACACUAAAUUUAAACCUUAACAAUAUGACCUAGUAAGUACAUAUGACCCUGAUUGCCUCCCCCUAUUUUUUGUAUCUAAACACUAGAAAGUGUAAAUUUCCAUUAUUUACACUAAAAUGAUUGAGAAAUAAUAAAUCCAUCCGAUAUUACUAGCAUGUCACAAAACGGAAGACAGGAAAUUCUGCUUUUCAAAGAUCAGAAAUGAGUAUAUCCUCUAAAUUUUUAGUCAUUUCUCAAUCAUGAACAGAUAUAUUUCUUUUCUAAGUUUUCUGUAAUUUAUAGAAAGUUUAUGUACUGCAAUAUUUUACUGGUAGUAAAUUGCCUGUGUCUUUCCAUUCUUUUUUUCAUUUUUUAUGGAAUAUGAUAUAUUUAUUAUGCAUUUUAAAUAUUAAACUUGACAUGACAAAAGUUUUAGUGAAUUAUUUAUGGUAUCAUUGUAAAGGAUUUACACAUGUAUCAAAGCAUAGUUAUUAUGUACACUUGAUGUUUAUGUGUAAUGUGUAUGUAUGCAUGACUAAAUAGCUUAUUCCUGGUCUUCCUAAUCUGAGGGGCAAUGACAAUUUUAUGAAGAAUAUCUUCCUAAUCGGAGAAGCAAAGACAAUUUUAUAAAAAGAACGAAGUAUUCAGUGUUUUUGCAACUUUCUAACAUAUCACUGAAACCGAACUUGAUUUUUGAAAUAUCUGAACAAAGACAUGACAUUAACUGACAUCCUAUCUAAAGUCAUUUGUACAUACACAUGUGUAUAAGGUAUAUGUGUUAAUGAACAAAUGUGUUGAUUUUCUGUCUCAUAGAAGUGUUUUAAAUUCUAGUCAGUCAAUUAUACAAAUAUUUUGAACAAAUUUGCAUGUAAGCCGUCAGUUUUCUAUAUUUAAAAUGUUUCUUAGAUUAUACAGACAUCAGCACCCUCAUUUCAUCAAUUUCAUAUAAGAUAUACAUACAUGUACAUGGAUUUUGAAUCAUUUUUUAUGGUACGAAUGUGGGGUUUUCAUUUUUCACAUCAUGCACAAAAAACACCUUUGAACAAGGGUUGGUAUUGGUUUGGAUUUUUAGUCCCCUACCGACGAAGUCAAAGGGGACUUUAGGUUUGCACUCUGUCCGUCUGUCUGUCUGUCCAUCUGUCUGUCUGUCUGUCUGUCUGUCUGUCUGUCUGUCUGUCUGUCUGUCUGUCUGUCUGUCUGUCUGUCUGUCUGUCCAUCUGUCCAUCUGUCAAUCCGGCAAAUCAGUUUUCCAGACUUUUUUUCUUCGUGCUUGAAGAUAUUGAUUUGAUAUUUGGUUCAUUGAUUUAUCAUGACAAGUUACAGGUCAAGUUUAAUUUUCACUAUUUUAGCUUUUCUCUUUGUUCAGUUAAAGCCCUUUCCCUAGAAUUAAAUUUUUGAUGAAAUACUUAUUAAUUAGUAGAUUUCUGUUCAAAGGGAAAUAACUCAUUUUUUAAAAGACUUUUAAAAGACAAAAUGGCAUUUUGGAUUUUUUUCCUUUUCUUCGGUAAAUUGUUUGAAGAAUUUAGUGGUAGGUUUGUUUGUCAUUCUUGAAGAUAUUGAUUUGAUAAUUAGUAUAUAGUUUUAUCAUGACAAGUUACAGAUCAAGUUGGAAUUUUGUGCAGAGUUAUGGUCUUUGGACAUAGAAAAUUCACUUAAAUAAUCAGUUUUCAACAGUUUUUUUCAUCAUGCUUGAAGAUUUGGAUUUGAUAUUUUUAUGUAGUUUACAUCAUGACAAGUUAUAGAUCAAGUUAGAAUUUUGUUCCAUUACAAUGAAUUUGUAACUGGUAGGGGACUAUGUAUUGCCAUGCAAUACUCACAGAAUGCUUGUUUAUGUCUGAUUGAAAGAUUGUUGUUUACAGAAGGUCACUGGCAAAGUUUUCAUAGAUAUUUAGCCUGUUACCUAGUUUAAAAUAUAUAAAACUAGUCAAAAUAUGGGGAGGGUGUGUCACAAUUUGGGAUCUUUUGACUACUUUUGAAAUGUACGAAGAGUUGGAAAGAAUAAGCAAAUUUAGCCAUUUUUAGUACUCACAAUGAGGCAGACUUUUCUUCAGCAUCUACUAAAGGGGCAUUUACCAUGUAUCUGCAAUCAUAAUUACUCUCUGGCACUGCCAGUAUUGUGAUGUUAACAGGAUAAAAGUACAGGGAAUCUCAUUAACUUGAAACUGUUUCAAAUAUCCUGGAUAUUAGAUUUGUAUUCCGUUUUCAAUUGUGUAUGGUUAUUGAUUUAUCUUUUUUUACACUAAUUUGGAGUUUCUUUUUUCCAACCUAGCCAUUUUCUUUCCAAAUAGAUAUAAGCACAAUGUUUUUAUACUUCAAAGCAAUUCACAGAUCUAUUUAUCAAUAUUAACUGUUAAGGCCAUAAAAAAGAAUAUGUUUGUAUGCCCUAUCCCUACCUUUCUAGAAAAUAUGUGCCUACUCAAAAAUCUUUUAUUGUCCUGAUGUGAAAAAGUUUUUUUUUUAAUCAGACAGGCAUGAAGACUAAAAAACAUCUGACACUUCAAUUUCUUUUUGCUGAAAAAAAGAAAAGAAAAUGCCUACCUUCCUACCCACUGUCUCUACCUUUGGGUAGGGUUUGGGCAAACCAAAAUAUUUUUAAGUGUGGCCUAAGAGAGAAUAUUAUUCAACAAAAAGUAGGAUAUUUAUUAUAGCUGUUUAGGAUGAUGAAUUAUUCUCUUUAGAUUUAUGUAUAGUUAUACAUAGUACAAUUGCCAAUGGCAGGUUUCUGUUAUUUUGGAAAAACUAAUUUUUGUUUUAUAUUGUAAACAUGUAAAUGAAAUCAUUUUAUAUAAAAUUGUGUGUUCUUCAGUCAUUAUGGUGGUUAUUUUAAUGUGCAAAUACUGCAUUUAUUGAAAAUUAGUUAUUUCUACAAAUUGUGCUUUCAAAAAUUUGUGUGAAGUUAUAUUUUGUUUUUCUUUCAUUGUUGCAGUUUAUUGUCAAACUUUUUGUGUUAUAUUGAUAAUUUCCUAAGUGUUAUUAAUAUAUCAUAUACAUGUAAUAACAAUUAUGCAUUCACUAUUUAUAUGAAUUACAUAAUAUGUGUACAUUUGUCCAAACUGCUUUGCAUAAAAGUAAUUAAAAUUGUAAUCUAUUAAAAUUGAAUUGAAAAAGAUUAUUUUGAAUGAGUUUAAAUGGAGCGUUUAAUAUGAUUAAUAUUGUAUUACAAUAUGAACUCAUUUUACAAGAUAGUUGCAUAUGAUUUUCCUUUCAAAGGGAGAUAAUUAAUUAUGUAAUUGUUAUUUUGUUGUAGUGUUAUUAAAUAUUGUAGUAUACAGAUUCAUAUAAUCAAGAAAUUUGAAUUAAAGGAGUCUAGAAUUUAAAUAUGCUUUUUUAAAAAAGAUGUAAUCAUGUUUUAAAUGUAUUUUCUUUGAAACAACAUUUUUGAAGAAAUUUUCUGAAAUGUGUCAAAUUUGUUUUCUGCUUUGCUUAAUUUGUUUGAGAAACAACAUUUUUUAUUGAAUGUUAUAUUAUUAUGAGUUUUUAAUAUUCUAAUAAUUUAAAUAGGUCCAUGGAAAUUCACAUGAUAUUAAGUUUUAUUAUUUUUAAAGUUGGUAAAUUUCUUUAAAACUCAGGUUAAUUUAGAUUAUUUAUAUCUGGAUGAAGAAUUCAUGUUAAAUUUCUGAACAAUGUUCAAACGAACAAAAGUAUAUGAUAUUGACCUUAUUCAAUGAAACAGUCUUUAUUUAUUCAAAUACUCAGGAAAAGUUGAAGAAUUAAGAAAAUCUUUAAGCAAAAAAAGAGAUAAAAAUAAUUCCAAAUUAUGAGUUUGUAUUUCAAGCAUAUUUCAAUGAAAAUAAUGCAAAAGUACAUAUACUCUUAGACCAUACAAAUUGAAUUUAUAGAUUUUCAUUACCAGCCAACCUUUUAUUUUAUCACUAAAUAGACAUAUAUUUCAGGAAUUAUGAUGUCAAAUUACAGAAAAUUGAGAUUUUCACCCUUUUAGGCAAUUGUUUUAUAGAAAUAGUAAGCCCUGCCUAAAUUUUUUCAUUGUUGCUUUUGCCAUUUAAAAGAAACACUGUUUAUCUAUUUAUUUUUAUCAAAAUUGUUAAAUUUCAAUAAGAAAAUGUUAAAAGAUAAAAAAAAAUUGCUUCCCUCCCUGCUGAAAAAAGUAUAAGGUUGGAUAUUACAUUUAAGAAUUGAUUUUUUCUGGUCCUAUUGAAUGAAAUACAUAAAUGAUGACACGAAAAAUCAAAUAAUUGUAAAUAAAACAAGAUGUGUACAAUCUGUGAUAACAUCGAAAAUUGGUUUUAUUAGUAUUUAUAUAAAAAGAUGUUGCUCAAUCUAUUGUUUUAUCAUGUCCAGUGUGAGUUUUUAUCUCUCAUCUAACAUGUGAUAGCAGUGAUUACAACUGUGUUUUGCACUGAGAUAUUUUAGAUUUACGGAUUUACAUACAUAUAUAUCCCAGCAAGCACAAAACAUUGAUGUAAUGUUGAAUCUUCAUUGACACCAGCAUUGAAUCAUUUUGUGCAUGCUGGGAUAGAAAAUAUCGGAAACUAAAUAACACUUGCUAUUUGUCGAUACAUUAUUCCAAACUUCUAUUUAUUUACUUGAUACUCAUUUCUUUGUUUUUGUCUUACUUAUUUCAGAAAACUUGAACAAAUCAUCAUGACCUAAACUUAUCACUAUAGUUACCAGUAAAUAUCAGACCGAUAUGUUUUUUGUGUGGUUGUGCACUACAAUUUACAUGUUGCUUAUUGGUGUUUAUUUUGAUUUUACAGUUAUGUAUAAUUUAUAAUUUAAAAAUCAUGCAAUAUUGAAUUAUUGUGUAUAUGUGAUAAUUUUUCAAUAAACAGUGAAAAACAAAA